UCUCUCUCUCUCUCUCUCUCUCUCUCUCUCUCCAGUCUCAACCGCAAUUCUCAGCUUCAACGAUGCAGCUCAAAACCCUAGCUCGUCCUUCCCACACUCCAAUCGGAGCCCCAAAUCUCCGACGACUCUCUCGCCCUUCAAUCUUCCUCAGCAACCAAUUCACCCCUCGCCUCCGCAACUCCACCACUCCGCCGCCGCAGAGUAUUCGCAUCUCUCAUAAGAACAGUCUUCGCAAUCGGUUCCUAACAGCUUGCACUAGCGCUAGCCAUGAACUCAUCGAAGAAGACAAGCUCGAAAAUGAUAACAAUGUCGCUUCAGUUUCACUCUCUUCCGAAGAAGAAGAAGUAGUGGUGGAAGUUGUGGAAUCGAAGAGAGAGGAUUUGGCGAACCAGAGCAUAUGGAAGCAAAUGAAGGAGAUCGUGAUGUUUUCUGGUCCCGCCACGGGGCUUUGGAUCUGUGGACCGUUGAUGAGUCUCAUCUCAACGGCUGUGAUCGGUCGGGGAAGCUCAACGGAGCUCGCUGCUUUAGGCCCUGGAACGGUCUUUUGCGAUAAUAUGAAUCUUUUGUUCAUGUUCCUUUCAAUUGCUACUUCAAAUAUGGUUGCCACUUCGCUUGCCAAACGGGAUAAAAAUGAAGUUCAGCAUCAAAUAUCUAUCUUGCUCUUUGUUGGGAUAACUUGUGGGACUUUGAUGCUUUUGUUUACCCAGUUCCUGGGUCCAUGGGCACUGACUGCUUUUGCUGGGCCAAAGAACGUGCAUAUUGUACCUGCAGCAAGCAAAUAUGUCCAGAUUCGAGGCUUGGCAUGGCCUGCAAUUCUUUUUGGGUUGGUUGCUCAAAGUGCAAGUCUUGGCAUGAAAGAUUCAUUGGGACCUCUGAAGGCUUUGGUGGUAGCUAGUUCUGUGAAUGCCAUUGGUCAUGUAGUCCUGUGCAAUAUGUUACACUUUGGUAUAACCGGUGCAGCAUGGGCAACAAUGACAUCACAACUUAUUGCAGCUUAUAUGAUGAUUGACGCUCUUAACAAAAAAGGAUAUAGCGCUUUUUCCAUCUCCAUUCCAUCGCCCAAAGAAUUUUUGCAGAUAUUUGCAAUUGCUGCUCCAGUCUUUGUAACAAUGUUCUCAAAGGUGGCCUUCUAUUCUCUCAUAACAUAUUUUGCUACAGCUAUGGGCACAAAUACAGUUGCGGCUCAUCAGGUCAUGAUCCAAAUGUACGGCAUGUGUGUGGUAUGGGGUGAACCUCUCUCUCAAACUGCGCAAUCGUUCAUGCCAGAGUUAUUAUAUGGAGUCAACCAAAGUUUGGAGAAGGCUCGAAUGCUGCUAAAGUCACUGAUGGUUAUUGGAGCUAUACUUGGAUUAGCAAUAGCAACGAUAGGAAUGUCUGUUCCUUGGUUGCUUCCCAAACUUUUUACACCUGAUCUUAAUGUCAUACAAGAGAUGCACAAGGUGUUGAUUCUGUUCUUUCUUUCAUUAGCUGUGACGCCUUGUACUCAUAGCCUUGAGGGAACAUUGCUGGCUGGACGAGAUCUAACAUUUAUUAGCUUAUCAAUGAGCGGAUGCUUUUCUUUGGGUGCUCUUCUACUGCUGCUUGUAAAAGGAUACGGUUUGCCAGGUUGCUGGUUUGCACUUGUGGGAUUUCAAUGGGGUCGAUUUUUCCUUGCUCUCCAGCGCCUUCUUUCUCCUAGUGGUGUACUGCAGUCCAAAAAUAUGAUCAACUAUAGACCGGAGAAACUCAAAGCUGCUUAGAUUCCAAUCCAUAUUUUGGUAUAUGAUACAGGGAAAUUUAUGAAGUUGCAAAGGAAGUGAAUUCCAAUAUUCUUGCCUUCAGACGGCAGCCUAUUAUCACAUAUUGGCAUCUUUUUGACCUAGCUGCUAAACAUCACGUUGUAUUCAUUCUUUUUAUGCCUCUAUGAGGUUAAAAGCAUAAGGGAAAGGAUAAUCUCCAAAGCAAAAGGUGCUAGAUAAUCUCUAGUAAUUGUUAUUCUUGUAAUUGUUUGUUACUCUAUUCAUAAGAAACUUUCCCCAACCGUGAAUAUAUAUUUGAUGAUAAAUAAUUUCAUUGCAA